AGAAUCCGGGCUGGUUGUGGCGCGGCUGCCCCGGAGUCGGAAUGUCACACCCAGGCUAUCCCCCCACUGGCUACCCACCUUUCCCUGGAUAUCCUCCUGCAGGUCAGGAGUCAUCUUUCCCCCCUCCGGGUCAGUAUCCUUAUCCUAGUGGCUUUCCUCCUCUGGGAGGAGGUGCCUACCCAUCAGCACCAAGUAGCAGCUACCCCGGAGCUGGAGGCUACCCUGCCCCUGGAGGUUAUCCAGCCCCGGGGAGCUAUCAUGGUGCUCCACAGCCAGGAGGGGCCCCAUCCUAUCCUGGAGGCCAGGGAUUUGGAGCCCCAGGUGGAGCAGGCUUUUCUGGCUACCCACAGCCACUAGCACAGUCGUACGGCAGUGGCCCGGCACAGAUCCCCAUACCAGGUGGCUUUCCUGGAGGGCAGAUGCCUUCUCAGUAUCCUGGAGGACAGGUCUCCUACCCUAAUCAGCCUGCUGCAAUGAUUCAGGGCACUCAAGGAACAAUCCGACCAGCUGCUAACUUUGACGCCUUGAAAGAUGCAGAAAUUCUCCGAAAAGCGAUGAAGGGUUUUGGGACAGACGAACAGGCAAUUAUAGAUGUUGUAGCCAACCGUUCCAACGAUCAAAGGCAAAAAAUUAAAGCAGCUUUUAAGACCAUGUAUGGCAAGGAUUUAAUCAAAGAUCUCAAAUCCGAGUUAAGUGGAAAUAUGGAAGAACUGAUCCUUGCUCUGUUUAUGCCAUCUACGUAUUAUGAUGCCUGGAGUUUACGGAAUGCAAUGAAGGGAGCAGGAACUCAGGAAUGUGUCUUGAUUGAAAUUUUGUGCUCGAGAACAAAUCAGGAAAUCCGAGAAAUUGUUAGGUGUUAUCAAUCAGAAUUCGGACGAGACCUCGAAAAGGACAUUAGGUCAGAUACAUCAGGGCAUUUUGAACGUUUACUUGUAUCCAUGUGCCAGGGAAACCGUGAUGAGAACCAGAAUGUGAACCAUCAGAUGGCUCAGGAAGAUGCUCAGCGUCUCUAUCAAGCUGGAGAGGGGAGGCUUGGGACGGAUGAAUCUUCCUUUAAUAUGAUUCUUGCCACAAGAAGCUUUCCUCAGCUGAGAGCUACUAUGGAGGCUUAUUCCAGGAUGGCUAAUCGAGAUUUGUUCAGCAGUGUUAGCCGCGAGUUUUCGGGAUAUGUUGAAAGUGGUUUGAAGGCCAUCUUGCAGUGUGCCCUGAACCGCCCUGCCUUCUUUGCUGAGAGACUGUACUACUCCAUGAAAGGCGCCGGCACCGACGACUCCACCCUGGUCAGGAUUGUGGUCACUCGCAGUGAGAUUGAUCUUGUACAAAUAAAACAGAUGUUCUAUCAGAUGUUUCAGAAGACCCUGGGCACAAUGAUUGCAAGUGAUACCAGUGGAGAUUACCGAAGGCUUCUUAUGGCCAUCGUGGGCCAGUAGAAGGGAUUUAAAAAAAAAAAAAUGGAGCUUUUCAUAGCUUAUUCUUCAAAGCACUGACUGAUCUGCAUGCAGCAAUAUCAACCGUCACCUAACCAAAA